UUUUUUGUAUAAAAGCAACAGAUGGUAUGACAACAGCAUUGAAUUCAAUUCUCUCUCACUUGGAGAAAACUAACAGCACUAGAAAAAUAUUUAAAAUGACAUCAUCUUCCUUGAGGAUAUCAUUUUUGUUGGUAUUGCUUUUGAAUAUUUUCAUCGGAAUUUCAAUGCAAAAUUGGGACGAUUGCCGCGAAAUUACCAUACAAAAGCGUACCGAUGGCUCUGUGGAUUUUUAUCGGCCCUGGUCGGAUUACAAACGUGGUUUCGGCGAUUCGUCCAAUUUUUUCCUCGGAUUGGACGAGAUAAGUCGUCGCACCAAUAGCUGUCCCCAUGAACUGCUGUGUGUCAUGGAAAAUUGGGAUGGAGAUCGACGUUAUGCCAAUUAUGAUUCGAUAAUUGUGGGCGGCGAAGGCGAGAAUUAUAAACUAAAAUUUUUGGGUAAGUAUACUGGAUCGGCUGGAGAUUCGCUGUCAUAUUCGGUGGGACAGAAUUUCACCACAAUCGAUCGUGACAACGAUGCAUGGGUUGGCAAUUGUGCUAUUCGUUACACUGGAGCCUGGUGGUACAAGGAUUGUCAUCAAUGCAAUCCCAAUGGCCUCUACGGCAAUAAUGAAUUUGGCAAAGGCAUCAACUGGUUGACAUUUAUGGGAUAUAACUACUCCAUGAAAUCGAUUGAGUUGAUUUUGAAACCCAAAUGUGGUUGCUGAUAAGGAGGAGUUUUCGUUGAAGCAUUUUUUUUUUUGUA